GCAAACCCCCUUUUUUUAUUUUUGUUUUAAAUUCUCUGAUGAUUAUCCUGACAGCUUCGCGGAUUAUUUAGCAAUAUAUGUUAAAUUCUCUAGUUAUCAAUGUCGUUUUCAUCGGAUAGGCCCGCCUCUUCAAGAAUUUUUUGUAUUGUUAGUCAAUGUCCACACAUGAUACAGCGUGUAUACUGAUAUUUUGAUGUCUAUGCUAUAAGCAAUGGAGUGGAAUUGGACUAUAAAUUGAUGCGAAGUUUCUGAUUGGUUGCGGCUAGCAAACUAUGCAGUCUAUAUAAAUCUGGGUUUUUGUUAUUCCUUGUCUCUGCUCAUACGAUCUACUGUUUCUUUGUUACCCUUGUAAAGUAGAUGGGAAAUCUGUUUUGUUGCAUUCAAGUUGACCAGUCAACUGUUGCUAUCAAGGAGCAAUUUGGUAAGUUUGAUGAAGUUCUUGAGCCUGGAUGCCAUUGCCUUCCUUGGUUUCUUGGAAGCCAGCUUGCAGGCCAUCUGUCACUGAGGCUGCAGCAGUUGGAUGUGAAAUGUGAGACCAAGACAAAGGAUAAUGUAUUUGUCAAUGUGGUUGCGUCGAUUCAAUACCGUGCCCUGGCAGAUAAGGCUAAUGAUGCAUUCUACAAAUUGAGUAACACAAAGUCCCAAAUUCAGGCCUACGUGUUUGAUGUAAUCAGAGCGAGUGUUCCAAAACUUAAUCUGGAUGAUGCAUUUGAACAAAAAAACGAUAUUGCAAAAGCCGUGGAAGAUGAACUCGAGAAGGCUAUGUCUGCAUAUGGCUAUGAGAUUGUUCAAACGCUCAUUGUUGAUAUAGAACCAGAUGAGCAUGUGAAACGGGCAAUGAAUGAAAUCAAUGCUGCUGCUAGACUGAGGGUGGCAGCCAAUGAUAAGGCAGAAGCUGAGAAAAUUUUGCAAAUCAAACGGGCUGAGGGUGAGGCUGAGGCCAAGUAUCUCUCAGGGCUUGGCAUUGCUCGUCAGCGACAAGCAAUUGUGGAUGGUUUAAGAGAUAGUGUGCUAGGGUUCUCAGUCAACGUGCCAGGGACAACUGCAAAGGAUGUUAUGGACAUGGUGCUAGUCACACAGUAUUUUGACACAAUGAAGGAAAUCGGUGCUGCCUCUAAGUCCUCAGCUGUCUUCAUCCCCCAUGGACCUGGUGCUGUUCGUGAUGUUGCUAGUCAGAUUCGUGAUGGACUGCUUCAGGGCUCUGCACCACAAUGACUGUUACCCGUUUCCUAGCUCUACAAUGUUGUGUUGAUACAGGUUAUUUGUGCGUAUUGUGUUUGUCUGUCGAGGUUUCUUAUCGGCAAGUCUUGUUAAAUGUUGUUGUCCAUGUCAAUAAUUACUGUACAAAUUACCGUGGAUGCUAAAUGAAAAGGUACAGGAGCAUCAGACUACACGGGAACUUUGAUAUCUAUAUAUAUUGCGAGCUUUCAAAAUUAUGUUACAAAUAUGUGUUGGACGACUUA